AUGGUUCGAAGUGCCCUUGUCUGUAUUGAUUCCAUCCUUUCACUUGACAAGCGAAAGAACAAAAUUUUUUUCUCAAUUUCAGGUGGCUUGGGUAAUUUGUGGCCAAACUUGUGUGCUGCAUGUGUGAUUAUUUUUUGCUACUCUAUUGGCGAUUAUGAAAUGAAUUUAAGUACUAACUAUUGCCCUGGUGAUUAACCGUAAACCUCCGACUAUAUAAGCCUUUGGCUUAUAUUCUUUCGUAAGCGAUUUUUUGAUGGGCUUAUACAAGAGGGGGGCUUAUAUACGGGGGGGCUUAUACAUGCACGAGCUUUUGUGUUAGUAAUAAACAAGUCAUAAACAGGAAAAUAAACAUGUAUUAAUAACGCGCUUUGAUUAGCAUAGUAAGCUAGAUAAAGACAAUGACAAUGUUUUUAAAUAUCGUUCUCUGCUAUAUUAUCCUAAAAGACAAUGUCAAUGUUGAGUAACGAAGUGGGAGUUAUAUUCGGGGGCUUAUAUUCGAGGGGGGCCUUAUAUUCGAGGGGGGUGGCUUAUAUUUGGAAUGAGGUGAGCGUUAGUAGAUGUGCUGGGAUUAUACACGGGGGGGCUUAUAUUCUGAGGUUUACGGUAUUGCCCCCUGGACACUGACUGAUCACAGUUCGUUCCCACGAACCCGCGGGAAAAUGCCUAUUUUAAUCGCAGCGGUAGAUAUAAAAACAGACUCCGUCAUGUUAUAUCUGUGUGUUUUUUUUAAUUGAUGUUGUUUCAUUUCCUCAUUCCAUGAAGACUGUCAUUGUUGUACGAGUGGAAGUUUGAAAGAAAACGAGGACAAAACUGAUUCUGUUCUUGGCAACUGGAAUUCACACUACGAUGACAGUAAGUAUAUAAGCUAUGGUAGAUUAGGUAGAUUAUAUAGGAUAAACCAUUAAAUCAGGUCUGAAAAUCAGGCUAAGUUAGUCUAAAAUUGUGGAGAAAUUGCUAUAACUCUGUCUAAAAAAAGCUGUUGUUGUUUAUGAUUUAUAGUUGAUGUGGUGAAAAAAGAGCAUAUUUUUGAAGAUGAAAAUAGUGGGGGAAAGACCUCCUUGGUCGAGAGGUAUUUUUUUGAAAAUUGAAAGUAAAUACAAGCAAGAGCAUAAAGAAGGUUAUGACACUGGAUGGCAAUAUAACUCUUUAAAAAUUCUUUUUACAGGUCUCUAAACCCUAAACAGGAGGAGACAGGUGCGGGCGUGGACAACAAAACAACCGGUUGCUGCUCUCAUCUUACCAAGCUAGGUAUGCGUUUGGAAUUUUCGAAUUCCUUUUAUGAACUACAAGUUCUUAAGUACAUGCUGUACUAAAGGAUGUUUCAACACUAAAGUUGAAACGAUUUCGAGGUAACGGACAAUGAGAUCAAUAUAGAAACGAAUCUCACCACGAAUCUCACUAUAUUUUCACACGCCAAAAGCCUUAAUAGCUGACAAUAUCAAACAAAUUCACCCUAUACAUUUAAAGUCCAACAUAUUUUAUAAAAUAGCACGAUUUUAGAAGUUUUCGUAACGAACUGACAAAGAUACGAAUGAUUUUCCAACAACGAUUCUCACUUUCUGUCCUAAAAUAGCCAAUGAGAUAUAGAUUUAUUUAUAGUUUUGUAGUGAGCAUCGUUCAAAUACGUUCAAAUAACUUAAAAAGGCAUAUCUGCAAAGUUAACUGAUUGUAAUCUGCGAGUUCAGGCCUAGAAAUUCGUGUAGUGUCACGUGGUGAAAAAUCGCGAAGUGCGGACACUUUGCGAGGCAUGCUUGUAUAAAUACUAUAGAAAACAUGGUAAAGCGAUGUGCUUGGGGAACUCGCAGAAAUGAUUCUCGUUUCCAACAUUUACAAAUUAAGAACAAGACUGGUGAUACUGUUACUUUCUAUCGUUUUCCGGCUCCAAAACGCUUGAAAGAAACGGCAGAAAGAAUGGAGCGAUGGAUUGUUGCGUGUCUCGCGGAGACUCAUUCAGUCAUUCGUGUGCAAGAAAGACAGUUACAUAUCACUCAAUAACAUAUGUAAACUUGCACUUUGUUGGCGAAAAUGGGCCAACUGCUCAACAUCCUGAUCCCAUAUCAGCUAUAACAAGCAAAUAAAAGGUUCAAUCGAAUGUAUUUGCGUGUUUUAUUGUAAUAUUUAAUUUGCGUUUCCGAGCAACGAGUUUAUACAUAUUUAUUGUAGGUUGAAAUUAGGUUUCAUCCUAAAUGCAAAGCUCCCGGACAGCGCUUAAGGUUACAGGACACACUUCUUGGCGUUUUGUGGAAAAUCGCUACUGCGCGCUCAAAAUCAGAUUUUCAUCAAAUUUUCAUCAAAUGUUCGCCAGUGCAUAUAAAAUAUGAUAAAGUUGUAAAAUUGACAAACAAUAAAAUAAUGUAAGAAUUAUUCAGGAAAAUCUUAAGUCGCGGUACCUUUACGCUUUUUAGUUAUGUUCCUGCUGGUUUUAAGAUAUAUUUAUGAAAAUAUCAUUUUUAUACAGUAAAAUAGUUCAGUAUAUUUAGUAUCGAACUUUCCCUUAACCUCAUAUUUUAAUAAUAUAUUCUUUUGUUUUUUAUAAUGACCAAUAAGAAGGCUUAAAUUUUUUAUUUAAUUUAAUACGACGUUUCGGAGUUUACUCCAUCAUCAGGUAAAAACUACAAUUUGCGAUCUAAAACCGUUAAAAUAGUUAAAAUAGUUUUAACGGUUUUAGAUCGCAAAUUGUAGUUUUUACCUGAUGAUGGAGUAAAUUCCGAAGCGUCGUAUUAAAUUAAAUAAAAAAUUUAAGCCUUGUUAUUGGUCAUUAUAGAAAACAAAAGAGUAGAAUAGUUGUUUUAAAAAGUUGUGUUCGGAAAUUUUUGUUUAUUUCGUCAUUCCGCUGUCUCCGCUCAUAUGGCGAUUUCUUUGACGACUGCAAUAUAUUUCUGAAUCGUUUGUGUGAAUUGCUCCUUAUUAUUAAAAUAUCCAAAAUUAGAACAAAGCCAAACACGAUUUUGAAACUGACGUCUUUAGCUAUGUCCUGUGAAAAUUUGAGAAAAAUUCGUUAAAACCCGCAGGAGCACAACUCGUCUAAAAAUCAGUAAUUGCCGUAAAAUUCUUCGGGCGAAAAUUGAAUUUGAAUAUUACAUUUUCAAUGUUUUCCUUAUUGCAAGCGAAAUGUAUUUUAUUAAAUAACUCUGCGAGUUUUCAACAUUUUUCGUCCAAAUUUGGUCAGAUAGUAGAACUAGUCUAAUGCUUUCAUGGAAACCAGUAAAAAAAAUUUUAGGCAAAAUUAACACUCAAAGGUGUUCUGUAACCUUAAGACAUUGAUGUACAAGAAACCAUAUUACUUAAUUACAAUCUGCGACUUCAGCCCUAGAAACACGUGUAGUGUCACGUCGUCAAAAAUCGCGAAAUGCCGACACUUUGCUAACAUUAUUAUAUGUAAUAAAUAGGCGAUCACACGAUACUUCGAAAUUUUAAGAUUGUUUCUUCGCGAAAUCAAACUAAUAUGCAUAUAGCGUCGUUGUGAACAAGAAAUACAAUACCUGGAGAACAAAAUACGAACAUUAAGGCAAUGAACGUAGCCGCGAUAAAGAAAUAUUUGCAAGAGCGUACAUGAGUGUCAAUAGCUAUAUGUUUGUCUGGCCAAACUCCAGAGGUCAACCUCGUACUAAGUUGCGGUUGAAAAGAUCAUGUUACCCCUCGAUCCCAACUUCGAAAGAAUAUAAAAUGAUGCGUAUACAAUGAAGCAAAGAUUAAAUAACCCUUUCUUGCUGGCACCCAUUUGGAUAUAAAAUGUAUGACAUGGAAAAUUUAUAGUAACGCGAAUCAGCGUUUUAGACCGAGAUUCGUUAGUGAGCAUCGUGUAAUAUGAGACGUAUCUAAUUUGACGACUGGCUGCUUUAUGAACUGUACUAUAAAUCUUAUACUGCAAAUGAGAUUUUAGCUUGGAAAUGUCCCCAGUUCUCAAGUAUAAGUUUGUAAAAGGCGAAAACAAUGCAUAUUUAUUUGUCUUUCCCCGCAGUUUGAUAUGCUGUGAGAUGAGAUUUAAACCUACUCGACUCACAAACCGAUCAUUUCUGAAUAAUUCCGUUCCAGGUUCGUCGUAAUUAUGGCCUCUUGCAUCAUUCCAAGGACAGCAUGUAAUUUUUUGAGUACAUUUCCGCGGAUUUUUUACAAGGCAGAGAGCGAUGAUGAUAAUAGACGUGAAUAUAACUAUGCUUACUAAGCGUUAUAGUAGCACACGUAACUGUAUUGGUAUCAGUAACGUGUUAAAAAUAACCCCUUCCCCCGGAAUGAAUGGAUAGUAUUUAAAACUACCAAAACUUUCCCCACAUAUGCUUUGAUACUGGAAUAUAUGUUAUUGGACGGUAUAAACUUAGAAUUAAAACGUUUAAGAGCGAGUCUCUACAAAAAUCAAACAUACCGCGGCAAGGCUCAAAAUUUUAAAUUCGCUCUACUUUUGAAUUUAAGUUAACUAUGACAAAGUAUGAAACGUCAUAUGGUUAGUUUUUAAAAAUACUCUUUUGUUUAUGAAAAAAGGCAAAAAAAUAUUUCAGCUGUGAGGACCGAUUUUCGCAAUCGAAAAAUGGCCGAAAUUGCGUAUGUUUACUUAAUCCUGGUAUCCAAACCCUAAAUCCAAAUAGCCUUAUUAUACUUUCUGCUAAAUAUACAUCACUCCCUCGUUUAUUAAAAGUGGUUUUAUGAUAAUUGAACAACUGAACACAUUUGUGCACAAUAAAGAGCGACGGGUACUGAUCUUUAUUGUUUGUCAUUGCAUGUAAAAAGUGGCAGAUUUCUCCAUUUGCCAUCCUUUCAAAUCUUAUGGGAUUUUGCACAAGCACUAUUGGGAAACUGCCCUUUUCAGAAAUGUAUUAUUUAUUUUGGGCAAAUAAAUUCACACGCUUUGAGAAAGAGUUAACUUUGGUUCAUUAAAUAUGCAAAAAUCACUGUUUGGCAAUCACUGGUAUGCAAAUGUGCAUAAUAGACUAAAUUUUGAUCUCAACAAGUCUAGACAAAAAGUUCAUCACAGCUUGAAAGAGCAUCACAAAUUUCGUUGCGAAAUGUUGUAAAAUGCGGAUAAUAUAGCCUUGCGAAAUUUGUAAUUUUCAGUCAUUUUAGAUUACAAACGGGAAAUUGACAGCCUCAAAGCGUAUCGGGCUGUCAAUUUCCCGUUUGUAAUCUAAAAAUUGACCGAAAAUUGCCAACUUCGCAGGGCUAUAUUAUCCGCAUUUUACAACAUUUCGCAACGAAAUUUUGGAAUAUUACUAAUUUUGUGAUGCUCUUUCAAGCUGUGAUGAAAUUUUUGUUUAGAUAAAAAUUUAGUCUAUUACGCCAUAGUUAAUAUAGAAGUCUUCUAUAUUAACUAUGAUUACGCGAAUGGUGAUUGCAUGACUAAAAACCCCUUGAAAUAAACUGGCUUAAAACAUCAUUGUUCUUCGCCUUUAGUUUAGAGAAUUUGAAGAAAACAUAAAUAUACAUACCUCGAAUGAAAAAAUUUUCUUUGAGCUGUUCCACUUUUGGAGUUUAUACCAGGAAUUUAAUAUUGUCGACCGUUCGGUUGUUUACAUCUCCGCCUUAUCCAUCGACUCAAAGUUCUUGGAAUCUAAUCUAUCAGAAAUCAGCUAACAAUUCGCACAACUUCCAUUCGUGUUCCAUUUACAAUUAUUAAUAUUCUUAGAAACAAAGAGUCAAAAUUAAUGAUGCAGAAAUUCUAUUUUAUUUUUAUACUGACAUGUCGAAAAAGCUAAAUGUUUCAAUUAUAGGUGGCGGGCUUCCUGUCGAUUUGGCGGAAGUAAUGCCACUGCGAUGUAUUACUGUAUAAAUGUUGUCAUUUCUUUUUUAAUAUUUUUUUUCUAUUAAGUGGAUUAUUGCGAAUUGAGGGUUUUUUAUUGCUGUAAUUUACUUUUAUUUACAAUUAUUAAUAUUCUUAGAAACAAACAGUCAAAGUUAAUAUUACAGAAAUUCUAUUUUAUUUUUAUACUGACAUAUUGAAAAAGCUAUUUGUCACCAAAUGUUUACAUUAUAGCUGGCGGGCUCCCUGUCAAUUUGGCGAAAGUAAUGCCACUGUGAUGCAUUACUUGUAUUUUUAAUAUUGUUUUUAUGUGGAUUAUUGUCGAAAAAAUGCGACCGCACGCCGCUAUGCUAUUGUUAUCAUGAUUAAUUAAUAUCCGUCACGAGCACCCCAUAACAGUUAAACUUCCAUGAAAAGUCAGCAUAUUGGUAUUUGAACUGACGACUGAUCAGAGUGGUUUCGAAGGAAAUGGCAUUCUCUAGACGCUGCUAUUUUGGCCAAUAGUGGGCACGGAUUGGCACAGAUUAUUCAUUUGUUCGCAGAGAUAUCAAUACUGCAGUAGUAGCUAUUGCUUCCGCCAAAUCGACAGGAAGCCCGCAUCAUCUAAUUAUAAAUGUAAAUACUUUUUUCGAUAUCUUAGUACAGUAUAUGAAUAAAAUAUAAUGUCUGCAAUAUUAAUCUUGACUCUUUUCUGCAUGGCUUGUUUUUUUUUAUUUUAUUGGCUUAACUAUAACAAUUGUAAAUGGAAUACGAAUGGAAGUUGUGUAAAUUGUUAGCUGAUUUCUGUUAGCUGGAUUCCUUGAACUUUGAGUUUAAUAUGUAGUUAAGUUAGGGAUAACUCCAAAAGUGGAACAGCUCAAAGGAACUUUUUGCAUUCAAGGUAUGUAUAUUUAUGUUUUCUUUAAAUUCUCUAAACUAAAGGUGAAGAACAAUGAUGUUUUAAGUGAGUUUCAAAUUGCAAGGGGUGUUUAGUCACGCAAUCGCCAAACAGUGAUUUUGCAUAUUUAAUGAACCAAAGUUAACUCUUUCUCAAAGCGUGUGAAUUUAUUUGCCCAAAAUAAAUAAUACAUUUCUGAAAAGGGCAGUUUCCCAAUAGUGCUUGUGCAAAAUCCCAUAAGAUUUGAAAGGAUGGCAAAUGGAGAAAUCUGCCACUUUUUACAUGCAAUGACAAACAUUAAAAAUCAGUACCCGUCGCUCUUUAUUGUGCACAUAUGUGUUCAGUUGUUCAAUUAUCAUAAAACCACUAUUAAUAAACGAAGGAGUGAUGUAGCUUUAACAGAAAGUAUAAUAAGGCUAUUUGGAUUUAGGGUUUGGAUACCAGGAUUAAGUAAACAUAUGCAAUUUCGGCCAUUUUUCGAUUGCGAAAAUCGGUCCUCACAGCUGAAACAUUUUUUUGCCUUUUUUCAUAAACAAAAGAGUAUUUUUAAAAACUAACCACAUAACGUUAUGACCACAAAAGUAGAGCGAAUUUAAAAUUUUGAGCCUUGCCACAUAUUUCUCAUUUUGUUUGAUUUUUGUAGACAGUCGCUCUUAAUUACCAAAUUCCAAACACCAUUGAUCACCACCAAGACAAUCUUUGCCAGAAACUAUGGCACAGCUGCUGUAAUUUCAUAUAAUUUGAAAGGAAUAGCGCCCCCCCCCGUUCCCCCAUUGAAUGUUGGACCGACAAAAACCUGAUGUCUUGUUGCGAGGCGCCAACAUUGAAACGGGUGGGGGAGGGAGGAUGGAAAAAAGUAUCAGUAAAUGGUAUAUUAAAACCGAAUGCAUGUGAAAAUUAGAUUGUCCCAACCUAUAUUGUCAAAGAUUGUAGCUAAAGGUACCUAUUGAUUUACUUCCGACGGCCUUGUAAUUAUGGAGAAAUUGCCAACUCUUUCUAAUAAAAGCUGUUGUUGUUUAUGAUUAUAGUCGAUGUGGAGAAAAAAGAGCAUAUUUUUGAAGAUGAGGAUACUGGGGAAAAGACCUCCUUGGUCGAGAGGUAUUUUUUUAGCAAAUGUAUAUAUAACAAUAUAUAAAUUCAAGUUAAUGAGACAACACGUUUGUCACCUUCAAACCUGGUUAUAAUGUCAUAGUAACAGGAUAAGCUUGUCAACAGCCACAAAAAGGCGAUAUCCAAUAGUCCAAAGUUCAAAUGUUUCCCUAAGCACGUGUAAACCGAAUGAAAGAUCAUCUGACCAAUCAUAUGUCAACAACGAACACGCAGAAUAAAGGUCAAUGUGAGUUCACUUUGACAAAUAUCCCAACAAAGAGCAAUUGGUUUAUGUUGAAACAAAUAAAUUUUGGUUCGGGGUUGAAGUGUUCCCAACGGUCAACUUCAGGCCCAUAGACUCAGUUAUUUAUGUACUAUUUAAAAAACGAGCAGGAGUGUUUUAUUAGGUUUAAAGCCACGAGCGCGCAGCGCGAGUGGCUUUAGACCUAUUAAAAACGACCUGCGAGUUUUUUAUAUGGCUUCAAAAACGUUUGCAUAAUAAGUCAAAUCUUUAUAUAAAAAUCUUUAUAUAGUUUGCAUAACAAUGGUCUUUUGUUAAAGUGUUCUUUAGCUGGUAUAAAGACGUAUGCACGUGACUAAUUUCUUACUCAAGAUUGUAUAAUUGCUUCAUGAAUUAUUAAUGAGUUUUUGAAGUAAAUAUAAUCAGUCGAAUCGUAGGGACUGUCCGGGGGGAUUAUGACCCCUUGGUUCAGGUUGAUGUUAGAGGGGCUCGCUACCCUUCUGGCAGGGCUCUAUUUGGGGAUUAUGACCCCUAGGGCAUUCAGUCUCUCCUAGCAGGUCUUAUAUAUACCCCUGCGGCAUGAAAACAUAAGGCUUAAUGAGUCUUUGGGUUGACCAGAGUUUGAGAGUAUAAUGUAUAUAAUUGGUUCACUUCACCCUGAACCCAUUCUCCCACAAUGAUUUGGCGUGUGUUUUACUUAUUCUCGGGCUGCUUGAAUCAUUAAUGAAAAUUGAAAGAAAAAAGAAGCAAGAGCAUAAGGAAGGUUAUGGCACUGGAUGGCAAUUAAUAACAUUUAAAAAAAAAUUUUACAGGUCUCUAAACCCUAACCAGGAGGAGACAGUUGCGGGCGUGGACAAUAAAACAACCGAUUUCGAUUGCUGCUCUCAACUUACCAAGCUAGGUAUGUGUUUUGGGAAUCACAAUCCUUUUAUGAACUACAAGGUCUUAAGUACAUGCACUAAAGAGUGUUUCAAUGCUAAAGUUAAAACGAUUUCGAGAUAACGGAUAAUUUUAAAUUGGAUUUCUUUCAAGAAGCGUUUCUUUAUGUUAAUGCAUGCAGUAUGUAAACUAUACUACUACUAAUUAAGCCUAGUUCUCAUUCAUCGCAAACCGUCGGCGAUGGGAGCUUUGCGACGUCGGCGACCGCUUGCCAUUUAUGAGAACACAUCAAAAAUUAUAUCGCCGAUUGUCCGUAAUCGUCGCCGACCAUCGGCGAUGAUAUCGCAGGAAACAAAAAAGUUUGUUUCUUGCGACCAUCGCCAACUGCCACCUGCUUGAAAAAUCUAUGAGAAAUGAGUAAAAGUUUUUUCCUCAGCAAGCAAGGAAAUAAUCAACUGAAGUUUGACAGAAAUCAUGAACUUUACGUUGAAUGGGGCCAUUUUGUGCCUUGGUGGGAAAUUUCGAAACACGUCGGCUGUCAUCUGCGACGAUCACCGAUGUAUGAGAACUUUCGUGCAUUCGCGCUCGUCGAGUAUCGGCGAUAAGCGUCGCCGAUCGUCGGUGACAGUUUGCGAUGAAUGAGAACUAGCCUUUACGACAACUGGGUAAUCUGUAGCCACACGUCGUGUACUGGGUGCUGUUGUGGAUCGAUGGCAGAGUACGUAUAGUUUCCUCUUUUGCAAUUAUAAUUUUAUUGUUGUCCUGGUAAUAAUGACUGUUAGCCCUAAAACAAUAACUGCUUCGUCGCAGUUCGCUCCCACGAAUGCAACGUUUCAUGGGGGAAAUACGAACUAUAUCAUGUUGUAUCUGUUUUGUUCUUUAAAUUAAUGUUGUUUUAUAUUUAUUCAUUUCAUGAAGACGGUCAGCUUUCUAUGAUUACACGUAUAAAAAUAUAUGAGGACAAAACUGAUGGAGUUUUAGGCAACUGUAAUUCACACUACGUUGGUGGUAAGUGUAAGGCGAAUUAUAGGAUACACAAAUAAGAAAGUAGUUGAUUGGAGUUUUUUUUAGUGUGAAGUUUCCAUGGGAACUUAUACAUAUCUUCAUUAAGUUGUUAAACGUAUUUCUCAAACAAAUUCAUGCUACAGAGCGUGACAGAGGAGGGGAUAAUCUUUGCUACAACGCCCCCAAUCACAUUUUUAAUGUACAAAAUAUUUUGAUAUUUAACUGAUACAUGAUCAUACAUCAUCAAAUGUUUUGUUAAAAAUACAUGAUAUACGCACUGAAAUUAUUUGACAUGUUUAAUAAACAAUAAAUCCGAGAAAUAUAUUAAAUCAUAAAUUUGCACUUUAAUCGCCAGCACCUCCUGGAAGUUUACUCCCUGCCCGUAUAUUAUGUACAUGCCUCCUUUCAACUUGCCGCGCGCACGUGCAACAAUACUGCGAAAAUAUAACGAUAGGACAUGGCCAAAUGCUAAAUCGAAUGUCGAAUACUACAAAGCUACAGACUAUUGGAUACAUGAAGAACUUUUUAAGACAAAGACGGAUGUACAUAUAGGCAGAAAACUUGGCAAGGCUUAAUAAUUGACUAUAUGUAAGCAAACGAACAAUUGCAAAUUUCUUGCGCUUAUUUGCUGUCUGUAUUAUUUCCAUCGGCUAAGAUAUAUGUAGUUGGCAAUUAAAUUUAAAAGUAAUCUUCCAAUGGCAAAUGUACGUAAACUGUUGUACUCAUAGUUGCAUUCUAGCCGUAGGAAACUGUGUUCAUAUUGUUGACAAACUAAGACUAAAUUGUUUCAAAAUAAUCAGCUGGUAAAAUUAAAGGUAUGUAGUAUUUAAAACACGAGAAGGAGUGUUUUAUCAUAUUUAAAACGCGAGGCGCAGCCGAGCGUUUUAGAUAUGAUAAAACGCGAGUUCGAGUGUUUUUAAUAGCUUAAAAUACGACUACAAAAGAAUACUAAUUAGGAUGAACAAUUAUAUAAUCAUACUCAUUAUAGGAUGAACAAUUAUAUAAAGAAUACUAAUGAAGAUGAGUUUUAUCAGAUAUAAAGUCACUCCACGUGACAUAUUAUGGCUGACAUGAUUUGCCACAAGGUUUAUGGAUUUUUAAUGAGUAUUUUAAAUAAGUUAUGAUAAAUGUUAAAGAUAAACUAUUAUAUACAAUAUUUCCUUAAACAAUAAAAGUAUAUCCUGUACAUUAAAAAAUAUUCAAUAGAGUUGUGGAGUUGGUAUAGUAUAAUACACUAUAUCGUUAUUUGUCGUAUAAAGGAAGACGCAUCAUUGUUAAAACAUAUAAUUCAUGAAGAGAAAUUCUUUUAAACCCAUGGAUGUCUAAUUGCUGUUGCACAAUGCAGUCAUUAUCAUGCACAGAUUAAUUAUAAUCAGCCUGGAUCUAGGCCCUUUACUCGGCAGGUGCAACUUGAUUUGCAGGUUAAUCGACUUCAAAGACGUCACGGGGUUAAGAAUAGUGUUAAUUAAGAAUACGGCAGGGCCGGAUUUGAGUGCAAAUGCUGGGGGAGGUCAAUAUCGUGGCCCCUAUACGAGGUUGUGGGGGAGAUGGAAAGAAAUGUAGAGAGGUGCGGCGGCCUGGACCCCUGAAGUUAACUACAUGAUGUGUGCAUGUAAUAUACAUAACAGCCUCCCACAUGGGGGAGGUGGCAAAUGUGCAAUUUCCCCAGGCUAAAGUGCCCCAAAUAACAAUUUUGCGAAUAAAUUGUAUGUUAAAUCGUCUCUCGGGAAUUAGCCAAAGUUGAAUGUCUCUCCGAGCCCAAUGUCUCUGGGCGGCCCUGGAACUUCGCAUUUUUAUUGGGAUCUCUGAGAUUUUAAUUGAAAUAUUUAGAUCUAAAUGAAGAGAGAAAUUUCGUGGAUGUUAUCUGUGCAAUUAGAAUGGAUGUAGAAUUAAAUUAAAUUGCUUUUAAAUGUAUUUAUUCAUUUUGGCGAAGUAUUUGGAAUACUGAUUUUUAUUCAUUAAGAAAUCCGUUAAAACUAAUUUUUUAAAUAGGACAAAUUUCUGUUCAAAAAUUGGCCUGGAAAACAAUAAAGGCUUUCGUUAAAAUUAUCUGUAAUUUUAAAAAUGCGUUAACAAUUCACGAGGAAAACACAAAGGAAAUCACUACCGUGUCGGUGAUUUUAUAUGUGAUAAAAAACAUGUUCAUUUACAUAAACUUUAGCUUUGAUUUUCUCGGCUUAGACAAUAUUGAUUUUUAAAAUUACUUUGCCAAUGAACUUAUAUGAUGGGUCAUUUUUAUACAUGGUAGAACACUCGUGUUUAUCCUCUAUACUCGCACUAGCUUCCUGCUCGUGUUCCCACGCAAUUUCGAGUUUCUCCCAAACUUCCACGCGUGUUUCCAUAACUCUAUAGAAACACGAGAAAUGUUUUUUAUUUCUUAAAUAUAUAUCUGGAGCAAGAGCAUAGCUAUGAAGGUUGUAAACGGUUUUAAUAGCUGAAAAUAUGGAGAAGGCGCGCAGCCAGAUUUAAUACAAUUUUCCCCAAACCGUAUUACUAAUCAAAGGGUACCCUCUGGGUACGAGAAUGACGCCUAUUUGAAACCACAAGCGCAGAAGCCCUGGGUACGAUGUUCAUUUGAUGCCUCAAUAAUGGAUGAUAGAUGGUCGCAUUCUCUUGAAAAACAAUGUCGACACCUAACUGCACUUCAAUUCACAUCUUUUUAUUGUUACCUAUGAAAUAAGCAAAUCAAUGAAAGUACAUAGUAUUCCGUACGAUUUAGUGUUUGAAUUUUUUCGGCGCGUGAGCUUUCGUAUCAAACACGCAUGGGUGGAAAGCAAACUUUAAUCUACAGUAUAUCUAUGAAAUAAUCAAAUGAAUGAAAGUACGUAGUAUUCCGUGCGAUUUAGUGUUUGCCUGAAAUGAGAAGAGUUUAAAUUUUUUCUGCGCUUUUGCUUUCGUAUCAACGACGCAUGGCUGGAAAGCUAGCCUGCGAACAGGCUCUCUUUGACCUCUCUUUGAAAUUUGAGAGAGAGCCUGCAGGCCUAGCUAAUAAAAACGCGUCUGUGCGUUGCUUAGAACGACGCAGGGUUCCCAUUGGUAGAAAUUGAAUUAAUUACAUUAUACUGCCAUAAAAGGUAAUUAAAUUUACACAACAAAAGAUUCAAAUAAAAAAUAUCGUUCUAUAGCGACGAGUUGUAUAGAAAACUAAAUCUUUGUUUAAAGUUACAGUAAAUGAUGGGCAGUCAAAAGCUCUUAACAAUAUUCUAGACGGAAAGGGUGUUUUUGCUGCAUAAGAGAGUUUGGCAAAUACAACGGCAACUGCUUAUAUCAACAAUAGCAUCUUUACUCUGAGACAAAGGCAACUAUAAUUUGCAUUCUUGAGCAUUCUAGUACGCCGUAGUUGUUCAAACUCAAAUCGUUGCGGUGUUUAUGUGAAUUCACUUACUAUUGCUACUUCAGGGAAUUUCAGGGUUGUUUGAAAAAAGACAAAUGUUUUAAUGUUGUAAACAAUCAUGCGUUGAAAUCGAGAUAUGCGUUUUGUUUACAUAUAUUCGCAGGCUAUUACAUAAGGCGUGCCUGUAUUAAUUUGUCACAUUGUAAUUUACAUUUGAUUGACAACACUAUAAAUAGUGAUGGGUGCAGACGUAUUUUUAUUGACUAAACCGGCAGGCUCUAAUUCAAUUCAAAGAGCCUGUUCGCAGGCUACUGGAAAGCAGACUUUAGGCCAGAACAAUGCAACAAUAAUAGGCGUACAAAUCGUGUGGGCUGGAGCAGAACCUCUUUUAAAAAUCCUGUAUAUUUUAUCUUGCAUUUUAUAUUAACAGACAAAAUGUAUCUUUAUAGACACAAGUGAUCUCACCCAACAAUAUCUUACCGAGGCAAGAACAUGCAUUAAACAGAAUUGUGUUUCUGGCAUUGAAGAAUUUAUCAGGAAAAAACUCGAGGAAUGGAAAGAUGUGAAAAUAAGAUUUGGCAUAACAGGAGACAGUGGAGCUGGAAAAUCAGCAUUUAUCAACGCAAUAAGAGGGUAACAAGUUUUGAUAUUUCUUCUUUCGAGAUAGCCAGAGGGCAGUACCAUGACAUUGUUUGACGAUAUCAUGGGAAUACGCGCAAGCCAUUUUCGGGAAAGUAUAUUUUUACGAUUAGCUACCUAAAUCAAACUCCGAUUAGAAAGUACACCGUCUCCAAUUAUGGUGUAACACGUUUACUCCAAAUCAUUAAGCCUCGGAUAUGAUCCGAUACUAACAACAGAGAGGUUUAUAUUUUACUUUCUUUAUAGCCCUCUACUAAUAAUACGCAUUUGAUUAGUUAAUGGGGUAGAAUAAAUGCAUCUGAAUGGCAACGGUAGCUGUAGCGCAGGUCAGAAUCUGAAACUCUCUAAUAUCUGUUCUUAAUUUAAGAAUUAGUAAAAUGAUGUUGAAAGCCGAGAAUAAUAUAACUUUUAAAAUUAAAGCCGAGAAUGGUUAACAUCUUUUUGCUGAAGCAUCCCACUAGUAAACUUUCUGUACUAUAAUGAACAUUGAUUAUCCAAGUUUCAUACACCGAUUCAACUUGAUUGCACUUGCGAUGGUAUUUUGCAAAUACGUGUAUCCAAUAUGUAGAAAAAGUUUUGCUGCACCAACCUACAUUUGUUUAAUAAUAAUUCAAUUUAUAUAUACUGCUGUUGCGUUUAUUGUUCAUAGCUGCGCUUUACAAUUUUGCUGUUAAAACCAACAAAAAUAGAAUACUAAUUUGCAGCUUAUUUACAAUCAUAGUUUGAAUUAAUUUAAAAUAAUCACAAGGGAAAAAAUCUAAGAGUUUGAGCAUUGGUAAAUACCAAAAUUGUGACCAUCUACAUUGGAUAUAGUUAAUUCUAGAUAGGUUUUGUGGAUGGAAUUUGUCGAGUGUGAAAUUUCCCACAAUCGAAUUUCUAUCUAGAAAAGUCAAAACCCUUCUACAAGAGUUCGAGUAUGCCGGUUCACAUAAGUAAGUUUUUAGCUGGCCUGUUAAAACGGACACGUUAAAUAUAUGCCUUCCGCAAUUGGAGAGGUAGCUUGUUCCAGAGGCUAGGGCGAUAGAAAAGGCUCUAUAUAUGUUAAUGUUCACAUAUGUUAAUAUGUUAAGGCCCACAUAUGUUAAUGUUCUUGAUCAUGACUGAGGAGUUCUUCCAUGCAAGGCCAGAGCGAGCGGACAUAUAGCAACAUUUAGUGACAAGGUCUAGAACAGAUAUGUAAUUAUGCACAUAUAUCCUUGCUAUAUAUACAAAAUAUACAUUAAUUCUUACUUAUAAAUCGUGCUUUACUUUUUGGUUAGACUUAAAGAUGACGAUGUUGGUGCAGCAGAAGUAGACAUGGUUGACGCAACGACUGAGCCAACAGAAUAUCAUCAUCCUAACAACCCGAUAAUUAGUUUCGUACAUUUACCCGGCAUCGGUAGGCCGAACUAUCCUGACUUUCUAUCUACUCCGAGAAAGUUGGCCUCGAAGAUUACGAUACCUUCAUUAUUUUCACUGCAGGUCGUUUUAUACAAAAUGACUUGGAACUGGCAACGAAAGUGAAAUCAAUUGGCAAGUCGUUCUUUUUUAUUCGCACAAAGAUCGAUUACGAUGGCAGGCUUAAAGAUGAAAAGCCAAUUAACGAAGCAGACAUUUUGGAAAAGAUUAGACAAAAUUACCUUCAACACGUGAAAGAUUUGAUAUCCAGUGAGAAAGAAAACUUCCUGAUUAGCAACUACCAUAAAGACAAAUGGGACUUCAACCGUCUAAUUGCAGGCAUCAGCGACGCCUCGCCCGUUCUUCAAAGAGAGUGUUUAACACUAUCUUUAUCAAAUUUAACACCAGAACGCUUGAAGAGAAAGGCAAAGUUUUUCAAAGGUAAGGACUGUUUUAAUUUUGUAUAUAUGUCCAGCUUAUAUACGCAUCUUGUCUACCUGCGAUCAGGCCUAUAAAUAAAUAAAUAGGCCUGAUACAAAUCUUAACAAAAGUCCAUGUUUUUACAACCGUAUUUCGGUUGUAAAUCUGAUUGGUUUAUGAGACAAAAGAUUUUCUAAUCUGUCAUUUGAUUGGUUAGUGCUAAUUACAUUAUAUAAUGUCGUUGAUAUAUUUAUAGUUAUCACAACUAUAUUUAGAUUGUUGUUGUCGUUGUUUGAAAUUUAAAUUUCUCCUGCGAUAUUUUGAUUGGAUACUAAAUAUAAACUUUGCUGUGGGUGGAAAACGAUCGGAUUAAGGAUUGUGUCAGGCUAUUAUUUGUAAAAUAGAACCUGAUCGCAAGUUACAUCUUGUCCAAAGAACAAAUAGAAAAGUCAAAUUGACAUUUCAUUUGUUUAUUGGACGAAUGGUUGUUCAAUACAUGGGGAGAGUUUCUUGAAAGUCCUUAAUAUUCUCUUAGAUUAUACUACUAAUAAUAGAAAAUAGUGUCACAUAAUACCUUCAUUAUUUCUAACUAACAAAUCUAGCUCAAGCGUUUGCUGUGGUAACCGUUUCAGCAGAAACCGGUGUAUUUCCAGUUCCUGGAGUCGGAGGUGCUAUUGAGGUUGCACUUAUUGAAGGUACAAUCACGGUACCGACAAUUUGGCCUCAAAAACACAACACCUGAUGAACUGGACGUGUUGGAUAGAAAAUAUAGGGAGAUUAUCGAAACAUAUCAGUUCAAAUCAGUUAAGGAGUUAGUUGUGUUGCGACCAAAACAUAUGGAAUAAUAUUUGGAGUUGAAAAGGUUUCCAAGUUUACUCCUUUCAUAGGAAUGGUCAUUGCAGGAAGCAUAUCGUUUUUCUUCACAUUGCGUUACCUUUUGCGUUCUAUAAAUGAGCUGGAAGUAGCUGCCAUGGUUGUCUGGGAUAACGCAGCGAAACAAAUAAUACACAACCACAAAUAG